AUGGGUUUUGGACCUAUUACAUCAAAAGCCUCUUUCGACCAGGGCUUUGAAGGCCCCGCCCCCUCACUAAGGCCACGCCCCCCGAAGGACCAGGGAGAGAGGAGGGGGCGGAGGGGCAGCAGGCUUCCAAGCGGCUUCCCUGGCACUUCAUGGUCUUGGGGGCAGCAGGGAAAGAGAGCUUCUUAUUCCUCACAGGUGACCAUGUGGUUGAAUAAAGGCUUUCAGUGUGCCAUGAAGACUGGUUUCAACUAUUCCAAUUGGUUUGAUUUCAAGAGCCAAGAAGGGGAGCAGAAGAACCUCCGGGAUCUCUGUACUAAAACAACGCCUUUCUCAAGCAGCACCUGUGAGAACUCCACCUCGUCCUCGUCCUCCUCCUUUUCAGCCAGCCUCUUGGGAACUAUGUUGGGCUUUCUUACUUGUGGUGUCCUGCUGAGCUUCUUCUUUCUCAUCUUCACCAUUCACUUCAGAAAUAAUAGGAUAGUGAAGAUGUCCAGUCCCAACCUGAAUGUUGUGACUCUCUUGGGGAGCAGCUUGACUUAUGGCAGCGCUUAUCUUUUUGGUGCUGAAAAACAGAAUUCAGUGACCAAACCUUCCAUGGAGAUGCUUUUUCAGGCAAGACUCUGCCUAUUGUGUAUAGGCAGUUCCCUGACGUUUGGCCCUAUCCUAGGAAAAAGCUGGCGGUUGUACAAAGUCUUCACCCAGCAGGUUCCAGACAGGAGAGUGAUUAUCAAAGAUUUUCAGCUGCUGGUGAUGGUAUCAGUGUUAGUGCUGGCUGACAUUAUCCUACUUUUGAUUUGGAUUCUCUUAGACCCGGUUCAGUGUCUCCAAGGCAUUAAUGUAGAUCUGCAGGUUACUGAGGAAGGCUUGAUUUGCACAAUGGGCCAAGGGCAGUUCUGUACAUCCCUGUACUCUGACUUUUGGCUUCUUCUCUUUCUGGGAUACAAGUUCAGCCUCUUGAUCUAUGGGGCCUAUCUUGCUGGGCUAACAGAUGAUCUUAGCUGUCCACCCGUCAAUCAGUCUCUGACACUCAUCAUUGCAAUAGUUCUUGUUUUAAUCUCUACGGGAAUGAUGCUGGUGGUGAAUCGUUUUUUCUACUUGUGGCACAACCUGAUCUUUGGAUUUACCACAGGAGGAAUCUUGGUUUCCACAUCUACAAUAAAUUGCUUGAUCUUUAUUCCCCAGAUCAGACAGUGGAAGACUUUUGAAAAACAAAAAGAUGAUGCUAGCCACAUGGCCAAAUAUUUCACCAGUUCCAAUAAGAACCUCCAGUCUACCAUGUACAGCGAUGAAGAGAUCUACCAAUUGCUGGGAGAGAAAAAUUCCAUGAUACAUCAGCUUGCUGAGAAAAAUACAGCAAUUGCUUGUCUUCAAGAGGAAGUGAAUAAUGCAAAGAAGCAACUGAUGAGACUGGUAGCUGUAGAGGAUUACAAUGCUGUUGGCUCUCCCUUUCCUUCUUCCCCACAAUUCCUGGAGGCUAAUUCUGCCACUAUUUGUUCUUCUAUGGGAGCUGAAAACCAGCCAAGAGAUGCUUUUCCACCUGGGCAGGAAGUGAAGAUGUUGCAGUCUCCCCAACUCCCAAAUUCACAGUGCAGUCUGGAAUUAUAUGCUCAGAAAGGUUGCACUGAACAGAUACCAUUAGACAUUCCUGCUAGGUGCAGAUUAAUGGAUGAUUACAAAAAAUUCAGUUCCAGAGAUGACCAAACCCAGCGAUUCUGUCAGUACACCAGCACAUUUUGUAUCAAAGAUCCAGUCAGACUCUCAGCUCCAAGUGGUGAAGCAAAGCAAGGAAAGUUUUCACCUGUGGUCCUCAAUCAUCUCCCAGAGUUCACCCAAAUAAGAAGUCAAGCACUUCAAGAAACCUUGCAAGAUCUCAGCAUGAACUGUAUUGGUGUUACCCAAAUUUCUUCCAGGGGAUGUGAACAAGGUGCAGCAGAUGACAUGAAUAUACUGUGCCAAUCACAAGACAUUCAAGUAGAAAUUAAGGAACGUAGCCCUUGUGAACCAGGACAGGGAAAGAGAUGCCCCACCCCUCCUGAGAGUUUGCAUUCUGUAAACAAAAUGGCCAGCAGAAUGCAAACAAGCUGCAGAAGUUUAUUUGGGGCAGCAGUCAGUGGCACUGAAGAUGGGAGUUCUUUGCACCAGUUGGCUUCUUUCUCAGCACCCAUGGGUAAGAAAACGCUUCAAUACAAUGCUGAAAAUGUAGGUUAUCUGGGUAGGACUGGGAACCUGCAUCAAUAUAAUCCAAAGCAGUUUCUAACACACACAUUACAAGGCCCAUUUUCCUCCAAGCACUCUUACCCUGGUUCUGAUGCCAGCAGUAGUUCCUCGGGAGCCGAUUCUCCCUAUUGCCCCUCCAGGCACUUUUGUGAAUUUUGCCAGUGCAGCCUGUCUUCCUCUAGUGACAACUAUGCCACUGAUGUAGACUCUGAGCUUGGUAUGGCUGAAGGCUUGUUUAUAAAACAUUCUGAAAAAUCUCAGCCUGUUGUGAACUUCCAUGAUGAUUUGGAGCCUACCUAUGUGUAAAAGGUGGAGAUUAACAUGGCCACUUCCUAGACAAGAAGAGGACCGCCUCAGGACAGAUUACAACUUCUGCUCACAAUGUUUCUUUAUUCCAGUGAUUCUCAACCUUCCUAAUGCCGCGACCCCUUAAUAUUAU